AUGCGCUUCACCAGACAAAUAAAGCUGCUGCUCUGGAAGAACUGGACCCUGCGGAAAAGGCAGAAGAUUCGCUUUAUUGUGGAACUUGUGUGGCCUUUAUCUUUAUUUCUGGUCUUGAUCUGGUUGAGGAAUGCCAACCCUCUGUACAGCCAACACGAAUGUCAUUUUCCCAACAAAGCGAUGCCCUCAGCAGGAAUACUGCCAUGGCUUCAGGGGGUUUUCUGCAAUGUGAACAAUCCUUGUUUUCAGACCCCCACCCCAGGAGAAGCUCCUGGAGUUGUGUCAAACUAUAACAACUCCAUUCUAGCAAGAGUGUAUCGAGAUUUUCAAAAAAUCCUUCUGAGUGCACCAGAGAGCCAGCAACUUGGUCAAGUUUGGACAGAGUUCCAGACCUUGUUCCAGCUCAUGGAGACGCUCCAGACUAACCCUGAGAGGGUUGCAGGACGAGGGAUACGAAUCCGGGAUAUCCUGAAGGAUGAAGAAAGACUGGCCAUAUUUCUCAUGAAAAGCAUUGGCCUGUCUGAUUCUGUUGUGGAACUUCUGAUCAACGCCCAGGUCCGUCCAGAGCAGUUUGCCCAUGGAGUCCCAGAUCUGAUGCUAAAGGACAUCGCCUGCAGCAGGGCCCUCCUGGAGCGCUUCAUCAUCUUCAGCCAGCGUGGUGGGGCACAGACGGUGCGUGAUGCCCUGUGCUCCUUGUCCCAGGGAACCCUACAGUGGAUAGAAGAUACUCUGUAUUCCAACGUGGACUUCUUCAAGCUCUUCCGUGUGCUUCCCACACUCCUAGACAGAAGUUCUCAAGGUAUUGAUCUAAGAGCCUGGGGAAGAAUAUUAUCUGCUUUGUCUCCAAGAAUCCAAGACGUGUCUGAGGCUGUACAUCUUAACGAGAGCACCGUGUUCGUCAUUCUCCCGCAGAGCACAUCCUUUUGUAAUGCACUGAUCCAGAGCCUGGAGACAAACCCUCUAACCAAAAUAGCAUGGAGGGCUGCAAAGCCUCUGCUGAUGGGAAAAAUUCUCUUUACUCCUGAUUCCCGGGCAGCUCGCAGGAUAGUGAAAAAUGCUAACUCAACAUUUGAAGAAUUGGAGCGCAUUCAGAAGUUGGUUAAGGCCUGGGAAGAAGUCGGGCCCCAGAUCUGGUACUUCUUUGACAAGAGCACACAGAUGGCCAUGAUCAGAGACACCCUGGAGAACCCCACUGUGAAAGACGUCUUGAACAGACAGCUCCAUGAAGAAGGCAUCACUGUCGAGGCUGUGCUAAACUUCCUCUCGAACAGUCCUCGGGAGAGCCAGACUGAUGACAUGACCCAUUUUGACUGGAGGGACAUAUUCAACAUCACCGAUCGCACCCUACGCCUGGUUAAUCAAUACCUGGAGUGCUUGACCCUGGAUAAGUUUGAAAGCUAUGAUGAUGAAACGCAGCUUACCCAACGAGCCCUGUCUCUGCUGGAGGAAAACAGGUUUUGGGCUGGUGUGGUGUUCCCUGACAUGUAUCCCUGGACCAGCUCCUUACCACCCCAUGUGAAGUACAAGAUCCGCAUGGACAUCGAUGUGGUGGAGAAAACCAAUAAAAUCAAAGACAGGUACUGGGAUUCGGGCCCCAGAGCUGACCCGGUGGAAGACUUUCGUUAUAUCUGGGGCGGGUUUGCCUAUCUACAGGACAUGAUUGAACAGGGCAUCACCAGGACUCAGGUCCAGGCUGAACUUCCCAUUGGAAUCUAUCUCCAGCAGAUGCCUUACCCCUGCUUCGUGGAUGACUCAUUUAUGAUCAUCCUGAAUCGAUGUUUCCCUGUCUUCAUGGUGCUGGCCUGGAUCUACUCUGUCUCCAUGACUGUAAAGAGCAUCGUCUUGGAGAAGGAAUUGAGGCUGAAGGAGACUUUGAAAAAUCAAGGUGUCUCCAAUACAGUCAUUUGGUGUACUUGGUUCUUAGACAGCUUCUCUAUCAUGUCAAUGAGCAUCUUCCUCCUGACAAUAUUCAUCAUGCAUGGAAGAAUCCUGCACUACAGCGACCCAUUCGUCCUCUUCCUGUUUUUGCUGGCCUUCUCCACCGCCACAAUCAUGCAGUGCUUCCUGCUCAGCACCUUCUUCUCAAGGGCCAGCCUGGCGGCAGCCUGCAGUGGAGUCAUUUAUUUCACUCUCUACCUGCCACACAUUCUCUGCUUCGCCUGGCAGGACCGGAUGUCCGCUCAGCUCAAGAUGGCUGCGAGCCUGCUAUCUCCUGUGGCCUUUGGGUUUGGCACCGAGUACCUGGUUCGCUUUGAAGAGCAAGGCCUGGGGCUUCAGUGGAGCAACAUUGGUAACAGUCCUAUGGAAGGUGAUGAGUUCAGUUUCCUGCUAUCCAUGAAGAUGAUGCUCUUUGAUGCUGCUCUGUAUGGCAUAUUUGCCUGGUACCUUGACCAGGUGUUUCCAGGGGAUUAUGGAACACCACGCCCUUGGUACUUCCUUAUGCAAGAAUCCUACUGGCUUGGUGGAGAAGGUUGUUCAACCAGGGAGGAAAGGGCCCUGGAAAAGACGGAGCCCCUGACAGAGGAAAUGGAGGAUCCAGAACACCCCGGAGGGACACAUGCCUCCUUCUUUGAACGUGAGCUUCCCGGGUUGGUCCCUGGGGUGUGUGUGAAGAAUCUGAUAAAGAUGUUCGAGCCCUCUGGUAGGCCGGCUGUGGACUGUCUUAACAUUACUUUCUACGAGAACCAGAUCACUGCAUUCCUUGGUCACAAUGGAGCAGGAAAAACUACCACCUUGUCUAUCCUGACAGGGCUGUUGCCACCAACAUCAGGAACUGUGCUCAUUGGGGGAAAGGACAUUGAAACCAGCCUGGAUGUGAUCCGGCAGAGCCUUGGCAUGUGUCCCCAGCACAACAUCCUGUUCCAUCACCUCACAGUGGCUGAGCACAUCCUAUUCUACGCCCAGCUGAAAGGCAAGUCCUGGGAGGAGUCCCAGCUGGAAAUGGAAGCCAUGCUAGAGGACACGGGCCUCCACCACAAGAGGAAUGAAGAAGCACAGGAUCUAUCAGGUGGCAUGCAGAGGAAGCUGUCUGUUGCCAUUGCCUUUGUGGGAGAUUCCAAGGUGGUGGUUCUGGACGAGCCCACCUCUGGGGUGGACCCCUACUCGAGACGGUCAAUCUGGGACCUGCUUCUGAAAUAUCGCUCAGGCAGGACCAUCAUUAUGUCUACACACCACAUGGACGAGGCAGACCUCCUCGGGGAUCGCAUAGCCAUCAUUUCCCAGGGGAAACUCUACUGCUCAGGCACCCCACUCUUCCUGAAGAACUGCUUUGGCACGGGCUUCUACCUCACCUUGGUGCGCAAGAUGAAAAACAUCCAGAGCCAGACAACGAACUGUGAGGAAACCUGCUGCUGCAAGGUCACGGGUUCCACCAUCAAGUGUCCAGUCCAUGCUGAUGAGCUAACUCCAGAACAAGUCUUGGACGGGGAUGUGAAUGAGUUGAUCAAAACAGUUCACCACCAUGUUCCGGAGGCAAAGCUGGUGGAAUGCAUUGGUCAGGAGCUUAUCUUCCUUCUUCCCAAUAAGAAUUUCAAGCAGAGAGCAUAUGCCAGCCUUUUUAGGGAACUGGAGGAGACAUUGGUUGAGCUGGGCCUCAGCAGUUUCGGAAUUUCAGACACUCCCCUGGAAGAGAUUUUCCUGAAAGUCACAGAGGAUUCUGACUCAGGACAUCUGUUUGUAGGUAGCACUCCAUGGAAAGGAGAAGGUGUCAGUCUCCAACACCCCAGUUUGGGUCCCAGAGAGACCACCAGGCCAAUUACCCAGGACUCCACAGAGCCAGCCCCUUGCCCAGAAGGCCAGCCUCACCCACAGCCGGAGAACCACAGCGCCUCAUUCAACACAGGGAUGCAGCUGGUGCUGCAGCACAUGCAGGCCCUGCUGGUGAAGCGGUUCCACCACUCCACAAGGAGCCACAAGGACUUCCUGGCUCAGAUUGUUCUCCCAGCCACUUUUGUGUUAUUGGCUCUGAUGCUUUCCAUCAUUGUCCCUCCUUUUGGGGAAUACCCUGCUCUGACCCUUCAACCCUGGAUGUAUGGGCAGCAGUACACCUUCUUCAGCAUGGAUGAACCAGGCAACGAGCACCUCGAGGUCCUUGCCGACGUCCUCCUGAACAAGCCAGGCUUUGGCAACCGCUGCCUGAAGGAAGAGUGGUUCCCGGAGUAUCCUUGUGGCAAUUCUACGCCCUGGAAGACGCCCUCUGUGUCUCCGAAUAUCUCCCAUCUGUUCCAGAAUCGGAAGUGGACUCCAUACAACCCCUCACCCUCCUGCAAGUGCAGCACCAGAGAGAAGCUCACCAUGCUGCCUGAAUGCCCAGAGGGUGCUGGGGGACUCCCUCCCCCUCAGAGAGUGCAGCGCAGCUCGGAAAUCCUCCAAGACCUCACUCACAGGAACAUCUCUGACUUCUUGGUAAAGACAUAUCCUGCUCUUAUAAGAAGCAGCUUGAAGAGCAAGUUCUGGGUCAAUGAGCAAAGGUAUGGAGGAAUCUCCAUUGGAGGAAAGCUUCCGGUUCUUCCCAUCACUGGAGAAGCACUUGUUGGGUUUUUACGUGGCCUGGGCCAGAUAAUGAAUGUGAGAGGGGGCCCUAUCACCAGUGAAGUCUCUAAAGAAAUACCUGAUUUCCUUAAGCAUCUGGAAACUGAAGACAACAUUAAGGUGUGGUUUAACAACAAAGGCUGGCACGCUAUGGUCAGUUUUCUCAACGUGGCUCACAAUGGCAUCCUGCGAGGCAGCCUGCCUGAGGACAAGAACCCUGAGGAGUAUGGAAUCACUGUCAUAAGUCAACCCUUGAACUUGACCAAAGAGCAGCUAUCAGAGAUUACAGUGCUGACUACUUCAGUGGAUGCCGUGGUUGCUAUCUGUGUGAUUUUUGCCAUGUCCUUUGUCCCGGCCAGCUUUGUCCUUUAUUUGAUCCAAGAGAGGGUAAACAAGGCCAAGCACCUCCAGUUUAUCAGUGGGGUGAGCCCCAUCACCUACUGGCUGACCAACUUCCUCUGGGACAUCGUUAAUUACGCUGUGAGUGCUGGUCUGGUGGUGGGUAUCUUCAUCGGAUUUCAGAAGAAAGCCUACACUUCUCCAAGAAAUCUACCCGCCCUCAUUGCCCUGCUCAUGCUAUAUGGAUGGGCAGUCAUUCCCAUGAUGUACCCAGCAUCCUUCAUGUUUGAUGUCCCCAGCACAGCCUAUGUGGCCUUGGCUUGUGCUAAUCUGUUCAUCGGCAUCAACAGCAGUGCAAUUACCUUCGUCUUGGAAUUAUUUGAAAAUAACCGGACACUGCUCAGGUUCAAUGCCAUGCUCAGGAAGCUGCUCAUCGUCUUCCCCCACUUCUGCCUGGGCCGGGGCCUCAUUGACCUGGCGCUGAGCCAGGCUGUGACAGACGUGUAUGCCAGGUUUGGUGAAGAACACUCUUCAAAUCCCUUCCAGUGGGACCUGAUUGGGAAGAACCUGGCUGCUAUGGCGAUAGAAGGAGUGGUGUACUUCCUCCUGACGCUCCUCAUCCAGCACCACUUCUUCCUCACCCGAUGGAUUGGAGCUCCCACCAAGGAGCCCAUUACUGAUGAAGAUGAGGAUGUGGCUGAAGAAAGACAAAGGAUUCUUAGUGGGGGAAAUAAAACUGAUAUCUUAAGGCUCCAUGAGCUAACCAAGGUUUAUUCCGGAACCUCCAGCCCAGCGGUAGACAGGCUGUGUGUGGGAGUGCGCCCAGGAGAGUGCUUUGGCCUGCUGGGAGUGAAUGGUGCUGGAAAGACAACCACAUUCAAGAUGCUCACUGGGGACACCUCAGUGACCUCAGGAGAUGCCACAGUGGCAGGCAAGAGUAUUCUAACCAACAUUUCUGACGUCCAUCGAAAUAUGGGCUAUUGUCCUCAGUUUGAUGCAAUUGAUGACCUGCUCACAGGGCGCGAACAUCUUUACCUUUAUGCCCGGCUUCGAGGUGUGCCAGCAAAGGAUAUUGAGAGGGUUGCAAACUGGAGUAUUCAGAGUCUCGGCCUUUCUUUCUACGCUGACCGCCUGGCUGGCACAUACAGUGGGGGCAACAAGAGGAAACUUUCCACGGCCAUUGCGCUGAUUGGCUGCCCGCCACUGGUGCUGCUGGAUGAGCCCACCACAGGGAUGGACCCCCAGGCCCGCCGCAUGCUGUGGAAUACCAUCAUGGGCAUCAUCAAGGAAGGCAGAGCUGUGGUCCUGACAUCCCACAGCAUGGAAGAAUGUGAGGCCCUGUGCACCAGACUGGCCAUCAUGGUGAAGGGAACGUUCCAGUGCUUGGGCACCAUUCAGCACCUCAAAUACAAGUUUGGAGAUGGCUACAUCGUCACAAUGAAAAUCAAAUCCCCCAAGGAGGACUUGCUCCCUGACCUGAACCCCGUGGAGCAGUUCUUCCAGGGGAACUUUCCAGGCAGCGUGCAGAGGGAGCGGCACUACAACAUGCUGCAGUUCCAGGUCUCCUCCUCCUCGCUGGCUAGGAUCUUCCAGCUGCUCAUCUCCCAUAAGGACAGCCUGCUCAUCGAGGAGUACUCGGUCACACAGACCACGCUGGACCAGGUAUUUGUGAACUUUGCUAAACAGCAGACAGAAGCUCAUGACAUUCCUUUGCAUCCUCGAGCUGCAGGAGCCAGUCCACAAGCCAAGGUGUGUCUGGUGCAGAGAGCCCUGCACAUGCCAGGUCCCUGCUAUGUCCCUUCCAUGUCCCCUUCCUUUUCUGACCACACCCCUCCACCUUCCACGAAGCAUGCUAAACUGGAGGCUGUGUAG